UGGACGAAGUAAAUAGCAUUUUAAAAGCCAAGUCUUUGUUUAGUCUUUGGCCCUAACUCCCCUCUCACGCCACCAUGUCCAACUCCACUUUCCUAGCAGCAAACUUCCCUCAAUCCAAAAACGCUAAUCCUUAUCCUCAUCCUCAUCCUCAUCCUCAUCUUGAUGAUCAAACUAGUUACAGUACUACAUAUGUAAUGGACGGUUAUGAUCAUUAUCAUCAAGAUUUUGCACCAUCAAAGUAUCUUCCAGUACUGCUGGAGCUGGAUCAACCUGAGGAACAUGCCAUUUCUAACUUCACUACCACUGCGUCUCUCUCACAGCACUCUACUGUCUUGCAAGAAAGGAGUAGUGGAAGUUCCUUCAAUUCCAUCAACAAAGUUCCAAGAAACCCAACUCACAUGCAAGUAAAAUGUAGAAGUGGAUUGAAGAGAGUGAAGAUGGAUGUGGGAUGUAGGAUCGCAUUUCGAACAAAGUCUGAUAUAGAGAUCAUGGAUGAUGGAUUUAGAUGGAGAAAAUAUGGAAAGAAGAUGGUUAAAAACAGCCCCAAUCCAAGGAACUACUACAGGUGUUCAACACAAGGGUGCAAUGUGAAGAAGAGAGUAGAAAGAGACGGAGAAGACUCAAGCUAUGUGAUUACUACAUAUGAAGGGAUCCACAACCAUGAAAGCCCUUCCAUGGUUUAUUGCAACCAAAUGCCCCUCUCAUUUCCCACUACUACUGCAUGGACUUUGCAACCUUCACACUUCUCUUCAAUAUGAAGAACAUAUAACGUCGCUUUAUUUUCUUAUUUUUAUGAUACAUCAGACGUCGUAAUUAAUAAAAGGAAAAAAUUAUCUAUGACAAGACUUGUACUCUAGAUCUUUAAGAAUUCUGUUCAAUUAAACUAAUCUCAGUUGAUUAGCACUAUGUAUUUUCUUUAUCUAUAAUUGUUAUUGUCAAUUAAUAUUUUA